AUCACGAUUAAUCAGUAGCAAAGCCCAAGAGCCAAAAGAAGCCAAAGUCCUUUUCCUGCCUGAAGGUGUUGAGGACUGAGGAUGUCCAGGUCACCCCCAGAAUGAGAGCCCCAAACUGAGCAGGGGCAACUGGUAGCAGUUUUCUUGACAGUACAGUGGAGAUGAUACUAAGGAUGGGAUCAGGUGAGGAAGAAGAGCUAGAGCUGGGCCUCUGGGGCGGGUGCUCUCCCUUGGCGGGGCCCUGGGUCCUUACCCCUGCCCUCCAGCGUCUGCCCUGCCGUGACUAGCGUACAUGCUGACUGAUUAACAGGCAGCCUGCAGCAUGCCAGCCAGGCAGGCGGCACUAGUAUGCUAUCCAGAAGAGCCCUGUAGAACCUCGCUUCCUUGUAUUCUCUGUGCCACCUGCCUCUGCCCAGCUAUAAAAGGGCUCAAAAUUCAAAACAAGGCUUUCCUGGGCAUAUGCAGCAAACAGGUGAAUGCAUGUGUUCACACAUGCACUUUUCCCAAAUGCUCUCUUUAGUCCCAUCAUUCCCCACCAACCAGUCCUGAACUAAAUGCUUCCCAUUCUCUGGGUCUACCUCCUGUAAGACUCCACCCAGGGUAAAAGGACAGGGCUUUUAGCUUUGGGAGAGUCCUCUUCUCUCAGGUCCUGCCUUCCUGUCUGUCCCAGUCCAGUAAGAAUGCUGACCUGCCAGCCACCAUCCCAGCCUUGACUCCAGCAAGCUUAGGAGCGGCUCCCACCUGGGCUUCACCCCUGGGCUGUGGUGGAGACUUUGUCCUGUGUCCUCUGUUACCACUUAGAUUGUGUAGGGUGGCUGGGGCUUCACUGGGGCAGCUCACAUCUGCUUUUAUCUUGUGAAUGUGAUAAAAUGGUUUCUUCCUUGAUUAGAGCUCAAAAUGCAGCUCUCAGCUCUUCUGUAAUUGCUGUGCAUACUUCAAUGUCUUUGGUGCUGAGCAGGAAAGGUGCUUAGGCCCUUGGUGGGUCUCCGGACCUUUGUGUUACCCUGGGAUUGACUAGUGGUGCACACCACCACAUGCCAGACCCGCAGGAGGAAGAUCAGAUCAUCAGGUCAUCAGGUCAAGAGGCCAGAUGGGACUGCUGGCAGAGUGAACAUGCAGGCUGGGUCCUUGCUGUCCCCUGACUUAUUCCCUGCUGCCCACUGUGGGCCUGUCCACAGAAGGGACUUCAGUUGCCUCUGUUGCCAUUAGUCUCAGGACUUGGGCUCUUUUGUAACAGGUUGGGUGUGAGCUGGGUGCGAAUGGUCCAGGGUGUAACAGUCAGGGGCUGUCUCACACCACAUAACUUCUGCCUAAAGCUCACUCCUGGGUGGUGGCCUGAGAGGUCUUGCGAUGCUUGUGCCAUCCCACUGCCAACAAAACGUCCUCAGUGUCUGCAAGCCCGAGGGGACUGUUUCUUCAUGUUCUACCCUUCCCCGACCCCAGCUAGGGAGCCAAGGUGUGAUGGGUGCAACCAAGCAAGGCCGGUUUAAACAUUAAUGCAGCUGCCCAAAGGAGUGAGAGCCCCUGAGCCAGCGAGCUUUCCCGUGGCCCUGGGCUGAGCAGGUGGUGACAGGCGCCCAAUGGCUCAGUUUGCCCAGGUUCUGGCUGAAAUAGGCGACUUCGGUCGCUUCCAGGUACGGCUGCUGAUACUGCUGAGUGUGCCCAACUUCCUGUCCGCCUUCUACAUGUUUGCCCAGGUCUUCAUGGUCCUGGAUGAGGCCCACCACUGCUCCGUGGCCUGGGUCAAGAACCACACUUUGAACCUGAGUGCUGCUGAGCAGCUGGCACUGGGCGUGCCCCUGGACACCACUGGCAGUCCCGAGCCCUGCCUCAUGUUCCGGCCGCCCCCCGACAGUGCCAGCCUGGAGGACAUCCUCAGCCACCGCUUCAAUGAGACGCAGCCUUGCCAGGCGGGCUGGGACUACCCCGAAGGCAGGCCCCCAUCCCUAAAGAACGAGUUCAAUCUGGUUUGUGAUCAGAAGAGCCUGAAGGAGACCUCGCAGUCAGUGUACAUGGCUGGGCUCCUCACCGGCGCCCUCAUCUUCGGGCCCCUCUGUGACAGGAUUGGCCGCAAGGCCACUGUCCUGACGCAGCUGCUCCUCUUCGCUGUCCUCGGUCCCACCACAGCCUUUGUGCCCAGCUUUGCAUUCUACAUGGCCCUGCGCUUUGCUGUGGCUACUGCUGUUGCAGGGUACACCUUCAGCAACGUCGCCCUACGUGAGUAUCAGGGCCCUGGAGCCAGAGCCACGGAGCAGGCCUGGGGCAGCUGCAUCGCAGACCGCUGGUGGGGCCGCACCAGGCUUGCACACAUGGCCCGCCCGCUGGCCCCUGGGAACGCGGGGGUGGGAGGGCAGCAGUCUCAGCCUCUCUGUUCCCAGUCACAGAGUGGGUGGGGCCCUUGUGAGGGACUCGGGCUGUGGUGCUGGCCCACUGUGCCUUCUCCCUGGGGCAGAUGGUGCUGGCAGGACUCGCCUAUGGCAUCCGUAACUGGAGGUCUUUCCAGAUCGCCGGCACCACACCAGUCCUUCUGCUCUUCUUCUACUUCUGCUGGUCCGGGAGGACACAGGCCCCUCGGGGAAUGCCCUGGAUCUGAUCAGGCACCCACAGCUGCGGAAGGUGAUGCUGAUUCUCUCCUAUGUCUGAUCUUCCCAUGGUGGUCACUGUGCUGGCCGUGGUGGGGAAGUUUGCCACGGCUGCCAGCUUUACCAUCUCCUAUGUGUACUCUGCCAAACUCUUCCCCACCAUCAUCCGGCAGACAGGAAUGGGGCUGGUGGGCCUCUUCUCAAGGAUCAGGGGCAUCAUCACACCACUUGUGAUCCUGCUGGGCGAGUACCAGGUGGCCCUCCCUAUGCUCAUCUAUGGCAGCUUCCCCAUCGGGGCUGGCUUACUGUGUGCCCUGCUGCCAGAGACUCGUGGCCAGACCCUGAAGGACACCAUCAAGGACCUGGAGCAGGGGCCCCACCCACGGUCCCUGAAGUUGGCACCCUCAGAAAAGGUAGCAGAGGCCUUGGGAAGACCUUCUGGCCCCGGGCUGGACUUUGUGAGCAGCACGUACUUCUGACUGUGUCUCUGAAAGCAAGACCCGCAGUGGCAGGGGGCUGCCCAGCAUUCCCCUGGGAAGUCUGGCACCUGUGAGCAGACCAGCCUCGCUGAUCGGGCAGAAGUGACCUGGCCUAGGUGCCACCUCCUGGCUCCAGCACCCAGUCCCAGGAGCAUCUCCCACAGGACCCUGCCCAGUAUGCUGUUCUGGGUUAGGGUCUUGGGUUUAACUUGUUCUCUGACUGUCUUGUGGGGGUACAACUCCUCUGAUCCUCUCCACCUGGUGUCCCUUACUCUCAAAACAUAGUCAAGUCCAGAACAGUUAGGUGGGGACUUUCUAAGUAUAGGGGAAGUAGCUGCAGAAAAAAUGGGAAGUUGUGGAGGCUAUGCAGGCAGGUGGGUGAAGGGAAGGCUGUGGUCCCUCCCGGUGGCUGUGCCAGGCCCUCUGGCUAAGGUGGGAGCACUGGGGGCCCUUGAUCCUGCUGAGCAAGACUGUAUGUGCAGUCAAACCAGAGCUUCAGAGACUCCCCCACCUCCUGCCCCCUGCCUCAGUGCCGUCUAACUCAAGGCUCGGAGACCAGAAGUGGGGAGAGGGAGGAACUUGGCCCAGUCCCUGUCUGUGACACCUCCUGCCCAUGCCCUGCUGCUUCGGGCUGCUGUGCAGCCCACAGGGCAAGGGGAAGGGCAGAGGUGUUCACUUUGCAGGCCUGCACUGGCUGAUCCUCAAUCAGGGCACCCAUGCCCCACAACUUCUAAAGUUCACUCUUCACGGGUCACGCUUACAGGUUUCUCCAAGGUCCUCUGGGACCUCUGUAUUGUACCUUAAUACGUGUGAUGUGCUCUCUGCUGCCCUCAUGGACCCCACAGUGCCCUGCGUGUCUCCCAGAAGACAGCCCUCAGCAGGGCUCCCCUCCAACCACCUCGAGCCAGCCUACCUUCCCAGCAGCUACUUGGCGAAAUGAGCCCGGACCUGCCAGCCAGUGGCGGGAGAACUGGCUCGGCCUCCCCUUUUUCUGUCUUCAGUGGCACCUCCAGCCGACCUCCCACUGGACAGUGAGGCCCCACCCUCUCCUCAUAGGCACCCCAGCCCCAGGAAGCGGUCUUUCAGAGCCUCCCCUCACACUCACCUUCUCUGAUGGAGCCUGUGGGGAGGCUGGCGGCCCACCAGUUUUACUGUCUGUAAAUUCAGCGUAGAUGUGUUCAGCCCCUCUUUUGAAACAUGGGUAUCUAUUAGUCAUGUUCUCAGCUUUGAAGUGAUGGAGAAAAGUUCUGUUUAGCCCCCUGCUGUGUACCCAGUCAUGGAGCCCCAAGCUAAACACUGCUUAGGGACACUCAAAAGUCUUUCUUGACAUGAUGUGGCACCCAGGCUGAAACCUCCCACUUGGGGAAAACUUUAGGUGGGAGUUAGGAAACUGUCAUCUCAAAGCUGAAGGCAGUGUCGUCUGAGGUGUGGACAUUCACCUCCCUUUGAGGCAGAAUGGGCUUCAUUCCUGGAAAGAGACUUAACAGGUCCUUUGGUACCAGAAUAAAUGCAGACUCACCUAU